UAUGGAUCUCAGAGAGUUCCUACAGCAGCUUCACCCUCCAACACGAACAGUAGUUCAAGUUCCAACACAGGCUCUCAGAGUGGAACUUUGAGCACCAGUCUCAGCAACAACAUGGGACCUGCACCUGUUGGAGAACAGCUGUCGAAAACUAAUUUGUAUAUACGUGGCCUGAACCAGAACACCACAGACAAGGACCUGGUCCAGAUGUGUUCAAUGUAUGGAAACAUCAUAUCCACCAAGGCCAUACUAGACAAGAAUACAAAUAAAUGUAAAGGUUAUGGGUUUGUGGACUUCGAGACUCCAGCAUCAGCCGAGUCUGCAGUUAAAGCACUCCAGGCAAAGGGAGUUCAGGCGCAGAUGGCGAAAGUGGGUAUCUCGUUGCUGCAUAGACUGCCCAGUCAACAAGAGCAAGAUCCUACAAACUUGUACAUUGCCAACUUGCCCCUAAACUUCAAGGAGAAUGAUGUAGACAAUUUGCUGGCAAAGUAUGGACAAGUCAUCUCGACAAGAAUACUAAGGGACACAUCUGGUCAGAGUAAAGGUGUUGGCUUUGCAAGGAUGGAAUCAAAAGAGAAAUGUGAACAGAUAAUUCAGAUAUUUAAUGGGAACCCCUUGGCCGGGUCAAAGGAGCCUCUUCUUGUGAAAUUUGCUGAUGGGGGGAAUAAGAAACGUAGCCUAUACAAGAGUCCGGAUCAACGAAUGUGGAGAGAAGGUGGAGAGGUUGCUCCAGUAAGCUAUGACCCAAGUGGCAUGGCACAGAAUGGGGUGACGACACAGCACAUGCUUCCCACAGCCUUGACACAGUAUGGCCGACACUAUGGUGCUCAGACUAUGCAGAGCUAUUCAUUGCCUGGAAAUCCCUGGUUACCCCAGUAUGUGAUGCCACCAGCACCUCACAUGACUCAGGUGGAAGACCAAUUUGCUUGCCAGUUGGCCUCCACCUCCCACAUGCAUAAUUACAAGAAUGAGAAUCACCACACCAGGGGCAUUUCUGUGAUGAUGCCAACAUCAGAUCCUAGCUCGGUGCAGUACAGCUCUAUGAUUCCCCAGUUGGCAACACACAUGUCUACACUGCAACUUGGCACGACAGGAUCUUACAUUGCAAGCCCCCAUCCAUACCAGUUCUACCCUGGCCCGGGUGCGUCCAUCAUCCAUGCUGUGCCCAUUGCAGACUCUGAACAGACUUCCAAUGCUGCCUCACCUGAUGACACUUACCAGCCUUACCAAAAUCAGCCACCCAAGUAAGCAAGCAUGUGAUUUUAUUAAGAAAGUUAACAGAAAUCCAUUUGGGAAAUGAAUGGAACCAUGUCAAGAUUUGGGUGAAUGUUUUUUUUUUUUUGCUGUGAAGGAAAGAUGAGAGAUUUCCUGAUGAGACAUGACCUGAAUAAGCCAGUCAGUUUGAAGAAUUGUGGGAGAAUGAAGAACAUGAAGAAUUGCCACAUCCUGGAAGCAACCCCGGACUUGCCACCAUCUGCUAAUCAGUGAAACAUAAUAAACAAAUAUAUAUAAGAAAAUAGUUUAUUAUUUUUUUAUUGUAGUGUGGAGAUAUGUUUAGCUAUGCUGUCGAGUUUCCAGUUGUAUCAUAUUUUUUUAUUAUUAAUAUUAGCUUCUUUUGAAUUAUAGGAGAGGUUAGAAUGGUUGUAUGGGAAGUGGAUGCCAAGGAUUUUCCAUGGCAUUGUUAGCAAGCGAUACUUGCUUAUGAACAUUGAUAUAUAAAGUACCAUUCAUGUCAGUAAUGUUGCAAGCAUUCAGAAGAAACAUAUCAUGGAAGGGCAAUACAAAUAUUCUUCUACUUUUUAUGUUAAUCAGUGUUAGAUUUCAUGAAUUACUCAAUGCUUCUGUACCAGUUAUUUGUUUUAUACUUUAAAAGAGAUUGCCAUAUAUUUUGCUGUUGUCCAAUUUUGUUUUUGUCUAAUUCAGUAGUACCAAUUUAAUGAAUUUAUUGAUGUAUAAUGUUUAAUAUCAGUUAAACAGGUACUGGGUGCAUUGUGUUAUGUUGGCACAACUUACAAAAUUUACCACAUGCCCCAGCAGUUAGUUGCAUUGGCAGCAUGAACCAUCAAAAAUGCAUAUAUAACUUUCUGGGAAGUAUUCAUCUAUAUGGAAAAUUCAUAAUUUUGAUUCAUUUCCUGUGGUUAACUUUGUUUCUUAAGUAUAACAGAUUGAGCUAAUCCAUGAAGCUUUGAAAAGAUUUCUUCUUCAUUUCACAGAAAAUUGUGAAUAGUACUAGAUGCCACCUUAAGGAAUAACUUAGAGUGGAGUGCCAUUUCAAGUCCAGAAGCUGUGGUACUACAUACAAUGUGAUGUAAAAUUAAUUUUGUUUCCAAUUUUUAAUAUAUAUAUAUGCUGCCAUCUCUUGAGCUCCUUAUUUCUCUAAUGUAGAAUGUGUGCCAUGAAAAAAUUCUACACAGAGGAAGGAAGGAAAUGUGCCAGAAUGAGAGCAUGUUCGUAGUAGGAUUUAUUGCAUCUACAAUGUGAAUGAACUUGUGAAACAGAUCGAUAGUAGCCCAUGGCCGUUUGCUCUGGUGCUUUGUAGCUGUAGCUAAGUUUACUUUUCCCUUGCAGAAUAAAUACACAUGUUUGGUGUUUUGUAGCUAAUCAUGCCAUGGAACAUCUUGCAGCCAUGUUAGUGGAGUCGAGAAGACUAAUUAAAAUAGGGUUUGUUAACCCUUAAAAAUAACAGAACAUAAAUGCUGCUCACAUCAAAGAUUUCUUCCGACAUACCUUCCAAAGCUAAAACUCAAACGAGUUAAAUUUUAUUUUGUACAUGUUUUGAUUCUUGUCUGUACUGAUACAUCCUAAUAUCAGUUCUCUUUCUUCAGUACGGUAGGUAGGAAUGCUGAUUGUUUUUGUGAGCUAGAGUAAUGGUAUCACGAGAUGUGAAUUCUGUGUUUGAUUAUCAAAAUUCUUGGUCACCACGUUGUUUAUACCUGUCUAAAAAAUGACCGAAUUGAGACUUGAAUCUGUCAUUAACUUUUCACAUGUAAAGUAAAGGUAAUUAGUCAGAAUGCUGGACAUUUGUGUAACAAAGCGCUUGCUUGUCUCUGUAUUCAGCAUGGUUGCUCAGUUGGCAGUCUCUAAAAUUCUGUAUCCUGAGGACAGAAGAUGCAGCAGCUCAGGUCUCCUCAGUCCCAGAAUGAAAUUGCUGAGUUGCCAGUAUUGGCGAGAGACUUGCUGACAGAAGAAAGCAGAACUUGAAGUAUGAAUGUUGUAUGGAGAACUCAGUGACCCAUACCUUUUCAUUUUCUCACAUUCCAAUCAAAUGGCAAGCAUGAACAUGUUGCCUUGUAGUAAAUUAUUUUGUGUUUCAUAUUUUUCUACGACUUUAACUGUUGUUAGUGCAGGGUUUUUUCCAGUGUUAUUUUUUUUAUGAAAAAUGCCUAUAUCAACCAUGCGUGAAACGAGUUUUUAAACUAUUUCGUUCUUUUUUAAAGACAUGUUUUUUUUAGAUAUUGUGCCUUUUCAUGAUAAUUCAAAGACAGGGAAAUAAUUAUAUAUAUUAUAAAACACUAAUCACGAAGCCAAAUUUAUCUUCUAGUUGCUAAUUGUUUCAGUGUUGUAGCAGUUCAAAAAUGUACAUUAAGUUGAACUAGAGUUGAGCCUAGUUCUUUAUGUGACUAAAGCUGUGGAUGGUAAUGGAGAUAUUUCAUUAUAGCAGAUAAACACAUUGAUCCUGUAGUGAGAGGUUUUGAUAUUUCCGAAUUAACUGAAUCAUGUUUGUAAAAAUUAUUCUUAAUGGAAUUUGCAGUGAGAUCUCCAUUGAUUGGUUACUUACCGAACUUUACUGUGGACUUUUUUUUUUUGAAAGUAUAGAUUUUUGCAUAAUUUUGAAGUUAGAAGAAGCAUUUAAAGUCGUAAGAAAUCGGUAUGGAUUUCUUAGUGGAAAAGAUAGCUUCAGUUAAGGAUGGGUGUUCGGAUACACUGCUGACAUGAAGCAGUGAAUGAAUGACAAACUGAUGAUACAGGAACUAUUAAGAGAAUAGCUUUCAGCCAAAAAACAAUGUAAACCAACUGUAGUUAAUAGUUAAUUGGUUAUUGUCUGACAGAUACCAUCAUGCUGUUAAGUCAUGAGUGUUUGCUAGAGAAUUCGUUAAUAAUAUAAGUAAAUAUAAUUGUUUAUCAGUUUUCCCAGAAUCUGGUUUCUUGGUUGUGAUACCCAGUAGCUCAGAUUGUUCCGGUUGUUGCCAUUAAGAAAUCUGGUUCUGGAGCGAUUACUAUUACUGAAAGAAUCAGGUUUUAGUAGAGGUUAGAGCUAAUGUUUCCAUAGUGCAUGCAUCGUAUUUACUGUAUUGAGAACUGCGGAAAAGAUUUUACAGUGUUAAAACUGAUGAAGUAAAAAUAAGAGAUAUUUAGUUUAUUUUGGUACAUCUGAAUUCGAUGGUGAGAUGGUAACUAUUUUUUAAGAAUCACAUUACUGACAGAAAAGAGUCCAUAUUGAAUAUUAAAUAAAAUCGUGUGUUGUAUUUACAUGAGUAUGUGUUUCGUGAUCAAGAAGAGGAAGACAGAAAACAAGAGGUACACACUUUUUUUAGGGUUUUGACAACAUUUACACAGAGAGACUUGUUUGUUAAUUGAGAUGAUAGAACUUUAUUCCGCUCUUCUUGUCUUUAAGGAAAAGCCAUAUGAACAGACACUUGUGUGCAGCACCAUCUCAACAGAUUAUGAUGAUUAUGACGAUGAUGAUGUGAAUUAAAUAAUAAAACGACUUUCAGUGUUAGUUUCCAUAUUGUAAGGAAAACGAGGACACAGCUUUACAAAAAAAAUCUGAAAGUUGCACCUGAUUAAUCUAGGUGCAAGGAUUAGAAUUUAGAGUUAGUUAUAAAAAAUUGUAGAAAUAGUUUGUACUGUAAAUGUAGCUGAGUGGAAUUUGGAUGCUAUUGUUGCUUUUCCUUUAGAUGUAGAUAAGAGUAGGUACAUUGGAUCAUUGGUAGGGUUAGUAGUGUUUUUUUUAAUACAAAUUCUGACUGAGGUAAAAGAAGGUUGUAGGCUUUUAAUGGGGAGAAAUGCAAGUUUCACAUAAUGUUCUAAUGUGAAACUACAUAUGUAGAACUUAGAGGUCAAGGUGAUUCUUCAUUUUAUUGUACAAUAUUGUGUAAGUUCCCUGGCCUUCUCUUUUGUAAUGUGUGUCAUUUAAGUUCAUGUCAGUAAUCUAAGAGAACUAGUUGUCGUGUUUGUCUAGAAGUGUGGUUUAAUGUUUUCUGUGUGAAAGAAAAAAAAAAGCAGUCUGUAGUCAUAUUAGGUGUUAAGUGAAUGGCAACAGUGAGUUGCAUUAGAAUAGAAUUUGGUAGUUUAUAGCAUUGGAGAGGCUGAGUCAUAGCGGGUGGCAGGCAGCGAUCAUAGCGGAGAAGAGAAUGAGCCCCAAAUAUUGGUCAAGUUUAAGUGCCCUUAGUUUUUUUUCUUCAUCUCUACCACCUCAUAAAGGGAAGUCCUAGUCUUUAUGUAUCUUUCCAAAAUGGAUGUAGUUACAUGUAGAGAUGUUCCUAAGACGAUGGAUGCUGUUCAUUCCGUAGUUUGAUAUUGAUGUUAUAACAUCCAAUGGAAGAUAAUUUUCUGUUCAUUUUAUGUUAAGGGAGCCUUCCCAGUUCCGUUUAAUUGUUUGUUGGUUUGAGAUUGUUUAGUUGUUUCAUUGUUUCAGGCAGCAUGUUUUAAGGUUUAAGCAAAAUGUCAGGAUUGGGAAACUACUAAUUACAUUUUUACUUAUUGCCAAUAAUGUUAAUAUUGGAUUGUCAGAUUGAUGAUGCUCUGCAACAGCAUCCAUGAUGGAUCCUGAGAAAAUUUGUGAAUAUAGAAAUACACACAGCCAUAGCUGUUUGAGUGUCUUUCCACUCUGCAAGAAUGCCUGAUAUGUACGUUUUUGAAUUAGCAGAUCAUUGGAUUAGGGACAGGGAACCAAGCCAUAUGACAAAGUGUAGUAAAGCAUAUUAUUAAAAAUUAUGAUAAUAACUAAAAAAGAAAAGUUUAUUUUGUUAUAAAACUUUUUUGUGAAAAUAACGUAGAAGUCUUUUUCUUGUUGUCAUGUUAAGAAAGUGUGCUGUGUUUUUGUAGAAUGUAGAUAUUUUUAUCUUCUCUCCAAAGAAAGAAAGAAAGAAAGAAAAAGAAGGAAAGGAAAGAAAGGGAUGACUAGAAUACUGAGCGCCUGUGAACUGAUGAGAGGUGGCUCAUCUACAGAGCUGAGUUCUGUUUGAUUGGGAAGGUAACAUUGACUUGGAUAUGUUCUCCCUUCGUGAUGUGCUACUGUCAAGUUCCUUGUAAAUAUUUGCUAGAAUGCUAUGUUUCAGCCUCAGCAGUAGUUAGAAUUUAUGAAAACAAAAAAGUAUAAAUAACUUAGAUAUUAAGAAGUGAAUCCUUCGAGAGUUUUGGAUACAUGGACCACAGUUUGGUGCCACAAAGUAUCGAGAAGAUCUCGGAUAGUGUUUAAGCAUUCCAGUCUUCCCCACGUCCGAAGAUGCACCAUCAAGUUAAAUUCCAUGGCCAUGGUUUAUGUGACUACAAAAUGUUGAACAAAGUUACUCUGAGAAAAACUCUUUGUGAAAGAAGAGAAGAAAUACGGAAAGCAACUGAGAAUUUUAAAAUCCGAGGUUAAAUUUGUAAUGAAAGUUGUUUGAGAACGGGGAUUUGUGUUUGUGUUGCUAUUGGGUUUGAAAUGUCAUGGAUGCUAAAGUGGAAUGGUGUAGUGCAUAUUCAAGUGUAUGGAGUUUCUUGUUGGUUAAUUUUAAUCGCCAUCUAAUAGUAUAGCGUCUUCUGUUAAAAUAUUCCAAUAUCUUAUUGAGUGAUAUUUUAUUGCAGAAUCCUGAAAGUUGAAGUUAUUUGUUGAAUUGCUGGAAGGAGAGUCCCACUUUGCAGGGAAGACAUCCUGAGAACAUACAUCUGCAUAUUCAGUUGGAAGUACGGUUAAAGUGCAUGGCUUUGUAUACUUGUUGGAUGUAUAGGAUGCGCUGGAUGUUAUAAAAAUAAUGGUAUAUGUUUAGUAGUCACAUUCAGGAUAUGGAAUACUGGAUACAUGAUGACUUUGCAAAAUAUAGUUGUCUGAUUGAACAUAUUUUGUCCUUACAGAAAAUGUGUGUUUAUUUUUGUAACAGUAUUUAGUUUGGUUAAUAGCCCUCAUAGUACUCUAGUUUUUUAGUGACUUUCAGCGCAUUUGGAAGGGCCAACAGCUAAAGGAUAUUUCUGUAAUGCAUAUAUUACUGUCUUCGAUUUUUUCAUUCAUAUAACAGGAUCAACAGUGUUGGGUUUCUUUGACGGAUAAUGUGCUGUGAUUGGCAGCAGAUUACUGGAGCUGCUAUUUGUAAUAUUCCAAAGACUUUCCUUUCCUUGUUCCCCAGGGUUUUUGUAAUUGUAUUAUAUUAGUGUAGCAGAUUACAUUACAUUAUGUUAUAAAUUAGACUAGUUCUCUUCAUCAGCCUUUUCUAUAAUCUUUCAUAGUGUCAUGACUGUAAUUUAUGUUAUAGUUGUGGUGACUGACCUGCUACACCUCCAGGCCAUCGUAACGGAAGUCUUGAUUUUGCUGUUAUGUAGUGAGGCAAGUCAACAUGGAUAGGGGUGCGUGUGUGGGAAUUCAGUAGUACAUUAUAUAAAACCACAUGACAUACUGGUCGGAAGCAGUGUAGGUGAUAUUAUGACAGAAGACAUACAGCUGGGAAGUACCAUAUCAUUAUCAUGGUGAUUUUCAGUCCAUGAAUGAAUUGUUGGUGAUAGUUAAUGUUUCUUUCCUUUGCUGUGCAAAUAAUACUUCCAGUUUGUGUUUGUAUAUUCAAACAUGUUCAAAAUUUCGGUUGCCAAGUUUUCUUUUUAUUUUACCAUACCAUACCAUUUCAUCAUAAGACAUGAUUCAGCUCAUGUUGUUUCUAAUGAAGGAGUAAUAAUCAUUGAAUAGGAGAUCUUAAUGUUAUCUAGAGUAUAUUAUAAACUGUGUUGGUAUAGGGUAGCUGCGGUGGGUGUUUAGGUUCUCAUCAUCUUGAUUGAGUAUAACUUGUUAGCAUCAAAUCGUGCAGUUCCAAGUUCUGAUUACAUCUAGGCCUGUGGUAGAAGUACUGGUAUAUCACAUUAAGUAAUACAUAUGCCUUCAGAUUCCAAGCACAGUUCUCCAUCACCCAUGGAAGUGCCUCAUUGGAGAAUGUUUAUGUGAUAAGAUUGAUUCUAUUUUCACAUAACUUCGUGUACUAUACCGUUUUUUAUUACAGCCUAUGAAGAAACUUUCCCCCAUAUUUAAAUAGCUUAAUGAAUGGAAGUACUUUAUCACCUAAAGAUGUUUUGUGGUAACUGUUGUUCAUGAUUUAGGAAUCAUAGCUUCUACACAGAGUGAUUGAUUGUGUUUAGCCUGUAGUAUUGAAUGGUUGCCAACCCUGCCUGACCAGGGAUUUGAGAUUAGAUUGGAAUUAGCAGUUGCACUUCUGACUGGCCCUGUGCAGAGCAUCCAUCUCUUCCUGUUAAUAAAGACACUAGAGGAGACUGCUGUCCCAUUGGCACGCUGCAACACUGUGCAUUCAUUUUGAAGUGUAAAAUACUAUAAACUGUUCUAAAUUAUUUUUAAAAUACCAUGCCGUGAUUAUUUUGUUGUGUGCACAUGUGGGUUUUGGUAAAAAUUUUGUGUUUAUGUAGCUGUUGAUGAUGGCAGGCAGUUGGGCCGAAACGUAGUGUUCCACUAAAUAGGAAGAGAUGAGUGUUUGCUUUUGAUAUAUUGAUGAAAUUGCACAGGGAAGGUGAGAAGUGUGAGUGCUGAAUUGUGCAAGAGAUGAUAACAUACGAAGAAUUUGUUGUGUGGUUGGUAAGGCUUUUGAUGCAGAUGGUUUGAAGUUGUAGCUAAACCACAACUAGUGUGAGAUGUAGAUAACUGAUUGAGGUGUUUUACUACUGUAUUUAGAUUAAGAUCUAAAAGUUUGUGACAGAGGUACAUUAAUACAAUUGUUGUGUUUCUGGGCAUUAUAUAUCAACCUGUUUGUAUUUGAAACAACAUUUUUGAGGCUGGAUUCCAUCUCCAUCUUCAGGUAAAACGUACUCAUUUGGGCCCUGUUGAUAGAGCUGGUCCCUAUCUUGGGAGAUGGAGGCCAGAAUCAAGUCUCUGAAACAUUGUGCUUUAAAUAAAAACUGGAAGAUGGAUAUUGUUGAGAAACAUGUAUUUGUGUAUUUAGAUUAUAGAACUUUGUUAGCUCAACAUUCAUUUGUUUAAAGGGCAAGAAACUCUGUAUGCUUGAAUAUUGCACGAAUAGUUUUAGCCUCAUCUAGAUAACUGUUUAACUGCACUUCCAGUAUCAACACAUGAAGAGCGUCUUCCUUCAAGGAAUUUGAUUGCUAAUGCUAUGAAUGUAGACUGUUGUGGCACAUAAAAUUAUUGUGAUGAUUGAUUGGUCAGUAGAUUAAUCUGAUCAUGUCAGUUAGACCUCCAUGUAAGAGGUAAGGAUGGGAAUUGUAUGUAUAAUUCACAUUUGGAACCUUCACACUUUUCAGUCCUGUGACUGCAACAGUGAUAACCAGUGCUCAAGACUUAAGAGACAUUCCUUUGACAGUACAUAACCGAAGGAAAAGUUGGAAAUAAACAGUUGUUCAGAUGUGGGCGUUAGUUAAUAUGUUGUGUGACUGGAUAAGAGAUGAGGAUGUUUAAAGAGAAUUAAAAACAUGAAAAAAGUGUAUGAUUUUUUUUAUCAGUUGGUUUCAAAAAAUAAAGAUGAGGGCACAAAUUUUGUUGCUAGUAGGGUUCCCUCUUUUGAUCAAUAAAGAUCCCUACAUUGGGAAGAAA